AUGGUGAAAGACUUCAACAUGGCCAGCGGCGCCGAAGCAUCCCUCUACGCGGGGAUUCUGAUUUCCGCCUUCUCGCUCGCCGAGGCCCUAACUGGCAUGUUCUGGGGCAGUCUCUCUGACCGGCUGGGCCGGAAGCCGAUUCUACUUUCCGGUUGUUUUGGGACGAUGCUCUCUUUGCUCAUGGUCGGGUUUGCGCCUAACUUUUGGGUUGCCCUCGCUGGUCGCGCUUUUGGUGGCGCUUUGAAUGGGAAUAUUGGCGUUAUUCAGACUAUGGUUGGCGAGUUGGUUAAAAGGCCUGAGCAUGAGCCUAGGGCUUAUGCUGUCAUGCCAUUUGUUUGGUCAAUUGGUACUAUCCUUGGACCUGCUAUUGGAGGUCUACUUGCUAGACCAGCAGAUGGGUUCCCCUCUGUAUUUCCCGCCGACGGCCUCUUCGGCCGUUUUCCAUACUUACUACCCAACCUCGUCUGUUCCGUUCUCCUAUUUUUCAGCAUCAUUGGUGGUUGGCUAUUCCUCCAAGAAACCCAUCCCGACAUGCAGCCCGGCAACACGCACCGUUUCUUCGAGCACACAUCUGCCGAACAGCCCCUGCUAGCCACAUCUGGCGCAACCGCUAAUGCGGGAGUUGACCUCCGAGCCGAAUCAUACGGCACCUUCAAUGCAGUCCACCUGCACGAAGACGAGAUCUGGAAUGUUCACUCCGAUGGCACGGUGCCCGCUUGGAAGAAGCCUCCGAAGCCGAAAGCAUUUACCUGGCGGGUGAUCAUGCUCGUAGUUGCGCUGACUAUCUUCACCUACCACUCAAUGACAUACGACCAUCUUUUACCCAUCUUCCUUCAAGAUAAGGGUCCCCAGGGAUUAAUGGCUAUUUCUUCCCACUCGCCCUUCAACAUUCCCGGUGGUCUUGGUCUUUCAACCCGCACCGUGGGCAUGAUAAUGUCGACAGACGGCAUAAUCGCACUCGUCAUCCAAAGUCUCGUUUUCCCUGCUUUGGCUGGGUGGCUGGGUAUAUGGAAACUGUUCGUCGUCGUGACAAUCUUGCACCCGAUUACCUAUCUCAUCGUUCCAUUCCUGGUCUUCCUUCCGCAAAACCUCACCUUUAUGGGCGUCUAUUCUUGCUUGAUUGUCCGCAAUAUUCUCUCCAUUAUCGACUACCCCGUGCUCCUGAUCUUGCUCAAACAAGCCAGUCCCUCAGACUCCGUUCUAGGCAAGAUCAACGGUCUAGCUGCCUCCGCCGGAGCGGCGGCCCGUACCCUUGCACCCCCGAUUGCUGGUUAUCUGUACAGCACUGGUGCGGGGUUCGGGUGUACGGGCGUGGCUUGGUGGGCAAGCAGCCUAGUCGCUAUUCUGGGAGCGGCUCAGCUUUCGUUCAUUCAGCAGAAGAAGAAUUCGACAGCGACUGUCGAGGCUGCGGCUCCUUGUCAUUAUGUUCCUAUUCCGGAACCGCCUAAGGAAUCGGUACACAUUAUUGUGACUGAUGUCGAUGCCGAUGCCGAUGCCGAUGCCGAUGCCGAUGCCGAUGCCGCUGCUGAUGCCGCUACGCAGGAAGAUGCGUAG